UGGCCUCACUCCACAGUCACAGAGACUGGCCCUGAUUUUCAUUCAGACUAUCAGUGUUUCAGCAGAGGGAACCUGAGCUCUCUUGCUGCAAACUACCACUACGACUACUUCUUCUACUUCUUCUUCUUCUUCUUCUUCUUCUUCUUCUUCUUCUUCUUCUCUGACAGCUGAUGGACUCAGCAGAGCCCCCCACCCUCUCGCUCGUGUCCCUCUUGUCCCUGUUGGCAUGUGGCGUCCAGGUGUUAGCAGCUGUCCUGCUGAUGAGGAGGUUUGGUGGGCGGAGCUCUCCAGUGGACAGGUGGAUCCUGCUGUGGCUCUUCUAUGACAUCAUUGUCCACCUGACGCUGGUAUGUCCAAUCGGAGCGUUUGUUUGCUGUUUGUUACCUGUGGUCCGUUUUCUCUGAUUGUGUUUUUGUUUGUGUAGGAGGGUCCGUUUGUUUACAUGUCUCUGGUGGGGACAGUGGAGACGUCUGAAGGUCCACUGGCUGAACUUUGUGAGUGUUUCUUUUACUGCAGUACUUGAAUACCUGCAGUACCUCUAAAUCUACCUGUCUGACUUCACCUGUGCCUCCUUGUUCACAGGGCGGGAGUACGGUCAAGCUGACAGUCGGUGGCUGAUUUCUGAUCCGACGAUCGUCUCCAUCGAGCUUCUGACCGUCGUCCUCGACUCUCUGCUCGGCAUACUGCUCAUACACGCAGUACUACGAGAUAAACACUACAGGUAGGACAGAUACUAUUUGUAAUACUUCAUGACAAAUAUCAUGAUAACCUGAACAAAUACAACACAAUAAAUACAUUUGAUGUUAAAAUAUGACUAAUACAAAUAAGUACGAUACAACAGAUACUUUGGACGAAUUCAUAAAGAUAAUUACGCCUUCGAAUGAAUAUCAACUCCAGGACAAAUACUACAAGUUAAUGGUGCGUUCACGUUUCCUCACACGUCCAAGAUGAAAAUGACGUCACACCCGAAUUACCAGCAUAUUAGUGACCUAGACGAAACAAAGCAAAAUCAGUGGUGGAAACAAAAUAGCUUCAUCUACGAAAGUUAUUUUAGCGCUUGUCUGGUCCGAAUAUAAGGCAAGCGCUAAAAUAACUUUUGUAGAUGUAGCCAUCUUGUUUCAGGCCUCCGAUUUUGCUUUUUUCCGACUUGGUAACUGAAACACUGGUAACUCGGGUGUGACGUCAUUUUCAUCUCCGACAUCUGACUUCCAAGGUAGCUCAAAUGCAGCAAUACUACAGGUACGACUAAAUCUAACGUGUCAUUCUUCAGGUGGUUCUGGGUUGAGAGGAGUUACAUAUUUGCACAUGUAUGUUUGUCUAUUUUUGUGUUUUUUUAGACACCUCCUGCAGAUCGCUCUGAGCGUGUGCGAACUGUAUGGCUGCUGGAUGACCUUCGCUCCUGAUUGGUUGGCGGGAAGCCCCAGCCUGAACACGUCCAACUGGCUGCACCUUUGGGUCUACCUGGUCUUCUUCAACGGAGUCUGGGUCCUGGUCCCGGUCCUGCUCCUGGUCCACUCCUGGCUCUCUCUUGGGAGUCUGCACGCACUCAGAACAGACAAACAUUUGAAGAAGACAUAGUGAGGAAGAUGAGCGGCGUUGAUCUCGAAGUGAAUAAAAACGAUGAAGAUUCAAAGUUCA